GCUUUCAGGAGAUUCCUCAACUCGGAAACAGGGCCAAAGACAAUCCACUUCUGGGCGCCGUUCAUGAAGUGGGCGUUGGUGCUGGCGGGGGCCAACGAGAUGACGAGACCGGUGGAAAAGGUGUCUGCGACACAGCAGCUCUCGCUUUUCGCCACGGGGGCGAUCUGGACCCGGUGGGCAAUGGUGAUCAAGCCGAAAAACGUGCUUCUAGCGUCGGUGAACUUCUUCCUCGGAACGGUUUCGAUUGUUCAGCUUGCCCGGAUUUUCGAGUGGAGGGUCAACACGAUCGGCGACACCCCGACCAACGCCAUCAAGUACAUGUUG